AUGUUCCCAUCUUCGCCACUUUGGCCUUGCUCGUUACCAGGGCUCAUGGGAGGAGGAGGGGGUGGUGGCGGCGUAGAGGAUCGUUGUCGCUUGGAAGAAGACGGGGUGGUAUACUCGGUCAUGCUUCCAUCACCGAUGCUUGGCUCAUCUUCUCUCUUACGUUUCAGAUGGCCUUGCAAAUCCUCUGUCAUGGUCGUAGGCGUCUCGCCAUCCUGUGCUGUAACCCGAUCGUCCUCAUCGUCAGACAUCUUCAUGUCCGGACCGUCGUCCUCGACAACCUCGGCUGCCGCGUCGUUUGGCUUCGAAUCUGGCUCCUUCGACUGCCGCUCUGCUUUCCGUUGUUCGUAUGCGCGGUGCUUGGCGACAGCCUUGUCGAAGAAUUCUUUGCAGAACUUUUUCACCUUCUUUUGCUGCUUGUCAUCGAUCUUGGUAGGGUCACCAACACGGUUGUUUUUGAAAUCCGAAUUAACCAAUUUCUUAGCCACCUGCGUCGACAGCAAUUGA